UCCGUAGGUCUCCUCCCCCCUUCCCAACAUGGCUGCCUUCAGGAGCGGGGUGACUCCGAGCUGCUUAGCAAGAUGUUUCCUGAGGCAGACUGGGAAACCGAGCCGGGGCAGCUCCGCUCUCCCGACCCUCCAGAACCAGCUGUUGCUUCACAGCUCCAGCCUGCACACGCUGCUGGGCUGCAGCAGUCCCCUCAGCAGGUCCCAGGUCAGCCGCAGGCACCGUGGAAAGUUCCUCUGGGUCGGCUCUGUGGCCGUUAGACACAACAGCUCACAGAUCCCGCCUGCCGAUGGAGCGACACCGCCUCCUGCGCUGGAGUCCUCAGCAUCUCUGCCUGCUGACUCCGUCCCCGUCGUCACACAGACGGUCUCCCAACAGAUCCCGGCUGAAAGCGUUUCGGCGGCGGCCUCGGCGGCGGACGGCGCUGCCUCGCCCGUUCUAGCGCCGCCGGUCAUGGAGCAGCUGGCCGAAGUGGCGCCGGUCGCAGCAGACAUCCUGCAGGCCGUGGCUGCAGAGCCCAGGCUGGUAGAACUGGGACUGGCCGGCUACACUCCUGUGGGUCUGAUCCAGAGCCUGUUGGAGUUCUUUCACGUGGAUCUGGGCCUGCCCUGGUGGGGAGCUAUAGUCGUAGGAACGGUUCUGGCCCGUUUGGCUGUGUUUCCCGUCAUAGUGAAGGGUCAGAGAGAGGCGGCCAAGCUGAACAACGUCCUGCCUGAGAUGACGAAACUAACCAACAAAAUGAACGAGGCCAAGCAGAGCGGGAAUAAAUACGAAUUUGCCAAAGCGUACUCUGAUCUGAACCUGUUCCAGAAGAAACACGACGUGAAUCCUCUGCGCGGCUUCCUGGUCCCUUUGGUCCAGGCACCAGUCUUCAUCUCGUUCUUCAUCGCUCUGAGGAAGAUGGCGUAUCUGCCGGUGCCCAGCUUGCAGACGGGAGGCGUGCUCUGGUUCACCGACCUGAGUGCAGCAGAUCCCUUUUAUAUCCUUCCUCUUGUUGUCACUGGGACCAUGUUCUUCAUCCUGGAGCUCGGAGCAGAGUCCGGCAUCGACAACCCAAAUCUGCGAGCCAUGAAGACGGUUUUCAGAAUCAUGCCUUUCGUCAUCCUCCCUCUCACCAUCAAUUUCCCCACGGCGGUGUUUACCUACUGGCUGACCUCCAACUGCUUCUCCCUGGGUCAAGUGGCUCUGCUCAAGCAUCCUGCAGUCAGGGAGAAGCUUAAGAUCCCAGAGAGGAUGAAACACCCGGCGGCGGCGCUGCCUCAGAACGAAGGACUUAUCGAGAGCAUAAAGAAAGGAUGGAAGAACGCCCAGCUGGCUCACCAGCUGGAAGAGAGGGAGAAAAGAAUAAAGAACCACCUGGACCUCGCUGCCAAAGGUCCACUGAGGCAGACUUUUACCCACAAUCCUCUGCAGCAGAUACCUCGGGAUGCUGCAACAUCAAGUAAACAAAAGGAAGCUGGAGUCAAAGCGAAGCCAUGGAAGGAAACGAUCGGAUGAAUCCAGUCGGCUUUUAGCUCCUCUGCGUAGAGAAUUAUGUACAUAUUUAUAAACAGAAGGAGGGGGGGUUAUGUGUCCUAAACAAAUAUAAACUCUGCUUUAAAGUG